CGCGAGUAGAAGUAUACACCAUGGCGCCCUAUUAUAUGGUCCUCGAUCAACGCGCCGUCGAUACGGCUAGUCACCAUCUCCUCAAGCGCGAUCUCAGCGUCACUCAUACCCAGGCUGUGACCCUGGGUGUGAUGGCCGCAUAUGUGGUGGUGAUUGCGCUGCUUUGGAAUCUGCCGUAUGUGCGCUGGUCGCUGUGGCCGUUCAAGAUGUUGGUGAUUGCAUUCCAUGAAUUCGGCCAUGCCAUAACCGCCUGCUGUACCGGAGGCCGAGUGAAAUCGAUUUCGUUGGAUCCGCACGAGGGAGGCGUCACGCAUAUGCAAGGCGGAAUGAGCGCCAUUACUCUGCCGGCGGGAUAUCUGGGGUCGUCGAUUAUCGGAUCGCUGUUGAUUUUCGCCGGGUUCGAUAUUGUUGCGAGCAAGGUGGCUAGUAUUGUUUUGGGAGUUUGCUUCCUGCUCACGCUGUGGUGGGCGCGGAGGGACUGGUUGACGAUUGUCACCAUUCUUCUGGCGGUGGGACUGCUCGUCGCGUGUUGGUUUAUUGCGCAUGGUGAGGCGCUGAAAUGGGUUGUGCUCUUUAUCGGUGUUAUGUCUGCGCUGUAUAGCGUUUGGGAUAUUUGCGAUGACCUGAUCCUUCGCAAGGUGAACACCUCUGACGCCAGCCAGUUCGCCAAGCGCUAUGGAGGCUCCUCUCAAUGCUGGGGUAUUAUCUGGUCUUUCAUCUCCCUUGCAUUCAUCGCCAUCGCCAUUGUUGCUGCGAUCGCGGCAUUCCGCGAGUCGUUUAGCGAGCAAGAAAAGGCAUCGCAGGAUUUUAUCCCCACUCGGUGAUUAGAAUGAUGGGAUGCUCACGAUUAAUGAUAUGUCGCAUAUGAGGCAGGUUCUGGGGAAAGUCGUGAUUGUUAUGAUACCAAUUUGCUAUUCGUUCAUCUCUGCUGGCAGAUAUAAUGUAUUCAGUUAUAGCAGCUACAGCAGCUACAGUAAGCUAUAAGUAAGCUUAAUUAAGUAGCGUGCCAGAAUACUGGUCUGGUAGUGGCUACGGGCGGCCUCAACCGGGAUAUCUAACGGGUUACCAAAUGCGGUCCCGCUGCAACGUCACCUGUUUG